AUGUCCAGAAAAUUUUGGAUUAACUUAACAAUGGACCAGCAAGCUCGAAUAUACAAUUUCUAUGAUCAAUAUAAUUUCCCAAUAGAAAUUCGCAUUCGGUUUAACAAUUGGAUACAAGAAGCGUACAAAAAAAUUUUGAAUACGUACGAAUAUUCACCUGCAGAUUAUUGUGAAGGAAUUUUUGCUAAAAAUCUUUAUCAGGAUUUACUGAAUGAAAUACAGAACACCAUUUCUAAUUUACAAAUGCUGCAACCGGAACAAGCUACUGAAGACCAGUUCGUUGCUCUUUAUAAUCUAAAUAAAAAUCUGAAGACUUUACAGGAUUUAUUUCAGUCCAGACCAGAGAAGCUGCUCAAAGUCAUAACUGAGGGUAUUCGCUAUGAAGAAAGAGUUGAAUAUGAUCUACACAGGGCUGCGGUAAUGCAGUCUCCACAGUCGCCAGAAAUUCCUAUACUAGAUGGUUUCCUAGAACAACUCCAUCAAUUCAUAAAAGAUCAAACUAACAAAGUGGAUGGACUUCAAUCAGAAGUAAUACAGGCUUUACAACAAAUUAGCAGUAUGCAAUCUGGCAUAGGACUUGAUAUCGGACGUUAUCAAAAUUAUUCUGUACAAAAUGGAAUUUUUAGUCAAACAGAAAUCAUUAAAGAGGACAUCAUGAUACUUUUGCAGAAAAUGUCAGAACUUAUCCAGAAUUUCAUAAGAUUAAAUGAAGUUAUUAUCCAAAAACAAUUACGGCCUUGGAAAAUGAGUCAAAUGACAUUAUUUAGCCUAAAAGAGCAAAAAGAGCAUAGCUAUAGGCUAGAUGUCAUCCAAAACAGAUUUUUACUUGGGCAUAAACUGGGCUUAUUACAAGCUGAAGUGGAGGCAACUAUCCUUGGAAUGUCAAAUAACGCCAGUGAUGCAAUUCAACUAGAUCCAAAAUUAUUGCACCACCUGAACAAUCAACUGCCAUUUAAACCAGCGUUAAUAAACUGCCAAAACAAGGAUAAUGGGUUAACUGCUCAUUUUCGUGAUUGGAAAUUGUCAAAAACAGAAAGAGGUGAUAACGGCAAUGCAAGAGAUAGGCUGGUAACAGAAAAGAAAUGUGCGAUCAUAUUCAUCCUCAAAUUCAACUUGAAUGAAACUGCUAUGAAACGUACAAUAAUUUCACUGCCUAUCAUCCUUACAGUUAACUCAAAUCAAACCCCAAGCGCAUGGGGAACGAUUAUAUGGGACAGUUACUUUUCUGAUCCGGACAGAAAUAAUUUGGAUGCUCCUGACGAGGUCCCCUGGAAAAUGUUCUUCAGCAUGCUUGAUAUGGAAUUUCACAAAAGAACUGAAAGAAGUCUAGAUAACGAACAUGAGCAAUGCCUUCGGGAAUUAUACUGCAAUAUCAACGAAAUAGCAGAAACAGAUCCAAACCAACUUCGUGUAACCCGGAAGGAUUUUUAUAGAUCAUCACAACAUAAUCAUCCAAUAAGCGGAUUGACCAGUCCUACAUUUUGGAAAUGGCUAUAUGGCAUCUUAGAAAUGCUAGAAAAGAGAAGCACGAUAGAAAUUAGGAGUUUGUGGAAAAAUGGACAUAUUGUCGGAUUUGUGACAAAAUCCCGAGUAAGAGAAAUACUACGCUCAAAAACGCCAGGCACUUUCUUGAUACGAUUUAGUACCAGGGUUUAUAAAGCUUUAAGUUUCUGCUUUGUUACAGAAAGGGGCGAUAUCCAGUUACCUGAACCUUUAGACGAGAAGAUGCUUACUGUUCCCAAAAAAUCAUUAGCGGAAACAAUUAAUGGUAUUCGGAACUUAGCAGUCUAUUACCCUACCAUGGCACCAAAAUCUGAUGUUGCCGAUCAAUGCGGCCAAAUUGAUAAUGUUGGAUCCAGCCCUCCCUCCCAUCAUCCAGAACCUGAUGAUGGUUACGACUCAAGAUUUCGUGUUUUUUUUUCGGUGUUCUAA